UUAAAUAGUUUAGAGUGGGAAGAGGCCAGAGUGAGAGAUGUUCUGGGAAUUAUACAUGCGCGACAGAGAGCAUGCGCCGCAAUUAAAUAGCGAGCAAGAAGUUUGUUUCGAGACUAGUUUAAAGUAUAGAGUCCCUAAAGGGAGCGAGUAGAAUAGGUUACAGUGUCGAGUAUCUAAAGAGAGCGAGUGGCAGGCGUAGCGGGGAGACUGGCCGCGGCAUCAAUGGAGAAAGCGCAGAGAGAAUAUCUGUUCAAGGUCUUGGUGAUUGGGGACCUGGGCGUUGGGAAGACCAGCAUCAUUAAGCGCUACGUCCACCAGAUCUUCUCCCAACACUACAGGGCCACCAUUGGGGUGGACUUCGCCCUAAAGGUGCUGAAUUGGGAGGAAGACACGGUGGUAAGAUUGCAGCUUUGGGAUAUUGCAGGGCAGGAGAGGUUUGGUAACAUGACGAGAGUUUACUACCGGGAGGCAGUCGGAGCAUUUAUUGUCUUUGAUGUGUCCAGAGCGUCAACGUUUGAAGCCGUCUUGAAAUGGAAGACUGAUCUUGACUCUAAAGUGAGGCUACAGAAUGGCAGGCCCGUGCCUGCAGUCUUGCUGGCAAACAAAUGUGACCAGGCAAAGGAGGGCCUGACCAACACUCUGCCCAAACUGGAUCAGUUCUGCAAAGACAAUGGCUUCAUCGCCUGGUUUGAGACAUCAGCAAAGGACAACAUCCGCAUUGAAGAAUCUGCUCGCUUGCUGGUGGAACACAUCAUUAGUGCUGAAGAUGAUGAUGGAGCUCCGGCUGAUCCUGAAAUUAUUUCCUCCCAGCAACUCUCGCAGCACAGUAACCAUUCCGGCUGCACUGCUUGUACAAAGUAAUGCUGGAUCACUGCCGUGGGGAGGGCAAGGGGGUGGUGGGGAAAUAAUGGGCCUGGCGAAUGUGAUGUAGAGAGUUGAAAGGCCAACAAACUCACCUGGAGAGCCCUUGGAGAAGGACCACUGCAUGUACUCAAUGACUUGAACCAGCUGCUGAAACAUCUGGGUUAGUAAUUGCACUGCUCCCAUGGACAUUUCUAUAUUGAUCAUGUCUUGUUCCAUUAAUGUCAUCCCGCUAAAAUGUAUCUUUUUUUUUUCUGGGUUGAGAUUGAGAGCAGCCUUUUUCAGCUGCCAGACGGUAUUAAUUUUAAAAUGGAUCUUGGCAUUUUGCUGGCAAUGGGAGUUCUGAACGUUGGAUUCUGGGCACUCGUUCUUUGGGAAGAAAAUUGGUUUCAAAUUGGGUGCAUUUAGCUUUGAUCCUUUUGCCCAAUGCUCACACCUCUCCAGUCUACUAGACCUACUCAUAAUGUGAGCAGUUUAUUGCUGACCAUCUUUGAUUUGUGCAGAUUUUGGCAGCAGGUACAAGAACUACUGCUAUGAACAAGAGGACAUGUUUCCAAUGUCCAGUGCAUUUUGCCUAAUGGACAAAUACAUUCCUUUUGCAAUUGUUGAGACUCUGAGCUCUGCUCAAUAAUUUGUCACCACAAAUUGCUUGCAUCAGUUGCUUUUGUACAGCACUUUUAUAGUGUCUUGUUUUUUUCAAUCGUGUGCAACAAGGAACAGCACCUCUUUGGAAAGUCAGAAGUCUAUUUUUCCAUCUAAGACUUUCUGAGAACCUCCACUCCUAUGCCAGAUUCACAUUUUUGUGCUGGAGCCAAACUGCAGUUUUUCUAUUUUUUGUUAGUGUGAUCAAUUAUUGGAUCCUGAAAUAGCACCAGACUUUCUUUGCUCUGACCUUUUGCUUACUUGCCCCUUUGUUCUUGCCCAUGAAUUGGACGGGGAGGGGUGAGGAGUAAUGGCAGAGCUGUGGAAUUUCUGAGGUUGAGAGUUCAUACUGAAGACACAGAAAUAGAAUUGUAAGUUCAGUGCUUGCAAGAUCACACCCGUCACCCCUUACGAAUAUUCCACACAUGAAUUUCAUUAUGGUUUAAUGUUCAUGCUGCUUCUCAAUACUUUACUGUUGGGUUACAUUGGGUAUAAUCAGUGUUAAUAUGGGAGUCUGCCCCUGUUUUAAUUGUCACUCCUAAUUCGUCCAGUGUUGGGGCUAUGCCAGUGUUAAAUUGCAUGUAUAAGGUCGUAUUUCCCCCACACUAACUCUCCCCUGCACAUCCUGUAUUGGAUUAUUUGGGACUGGAAUGUUUCGGGGUGGUAUGAAUUUUGAUAUCCACCACAUUCUCCUGAUUUGGUACUUGAGGAAAUUGACUGUAUUAGUGCCACUUAUUUAUGAAUAAACUUCCUCUACCCAAACACA